CAGUCUAUAAUUGUAAGAAGAAGAAAAAAGAAAGUGUGUUUUUAUUUUAACUUUUAAAAAACAAGUACUUAGUACUGAAUUUGUGAGGAGAGAGAGAAGAAAAGAACAAUUUGUGUAUAUGUUUUAUUUUUAUGUUUGUUCUAACCGUUGGAUCAUUGGUGUUUUUCGAUCUGUACUUUGGUCGCUGAGACAUAGCCAUGAAUGCUAUAGAUCCGAGUGUCUGAUACAACAUUCGUCGCAUUGUUAUUGGCAUUCAACCUCAUACUUGGGAUCUUAACCGCACUGUUCCACCUUCCAUCUUUGUCUUUGAAUCAAUUUUGACUUGGCUUGAGAUAAAUUUAUGGGUGUUGCUUGUUAGUUUUGUUUGGAGGAGUCAAAGUAACACUUGCCCUGAUACUGAAUUGGGUAGUGGAGAUGCCGCCUUCCCCAGCGAUGAGAUACUCUCCGGGGAGAGAGGCGAGAGGAGAUGGUCACAAGCGGAGGCAUAGUCUUGAAAGUGGAAUACUUUUCCGGGAGAAAGAUGAUGAUCUUACUUUGUUCAAUGAAAUGCAAUCUAGAGAAAGAGAUACUUUUUUGCUUCAGUCUUCUGAUGACUUGGAAGAUUCAUUCGCUACAAAGCUAAGACAUUUUUCUGAAGUCAAUGUUGGAAUCUCCAUUCCUGGUCGGCGAGUAAAUAGUGACUUGCUUAAUGUAGAUGGUGACAAGAAUGACUAUGACUGGUUAUUGACACCUCCGGAUACGCCACUGUUUCCUUCAUUAGACGAAGAUCCACCACCUACUAAUGUUGCAAGCAGAGGAAGGCCUCAGAGUAAACCCAUUACCAUAUCAAGAUCUUCUACGAUGGAAAAAAGUCGCAGAAGCAGUAGGGGCAGUGCAAGUCCAAAUCGUUUAAGUCCAUCUCCUCGUUCGGGAACUAAUACAUUGCAAGCAAGGGGAAGGCCUUCAUCAGUGCCAAAUUACAGUCCAACCUCCUCAACUUUACGGAAUGCUACUCCAACAAGAAGACCGUCUCCACCUCCAAAUAAGCCCACGACACCUGCUUCCAAGUCCUCCACUUUUACUCCACGAAGGUUGAGCACUGGUUCCAGUGGCUCUGUUGCCUCGUCUGGAGUUAGGGGAACUUCCCCAGUUAAGACAAGUCGUGGAAACUCCUCAUCACCAAAGAUAAGGGCAUGGCAAACUAAUAUACCCGGCUUCUCUUCUGAAGCUCCUCCCAAUCUUCGUACUUCUUUGGCUGAUCGACCAGCAACGUAUGUGAGGGGUUCAUCUCCAGCAUCAAGAAAUGGUAGGGACUCCAUGUCCAAAGUCAGCAGGCAAUCAAUGUCUCCAACUCCUUCUAGGAGUAGUAGCUCUAUUCAAAGUCACGAUCGAGACCCAUUCAGCUCACGCAGCAAAGGUUCUGUUGCAUCAUCUGGUGAUGAUGAUCUUGACUCUAUUCAGUCCAUCCAAGUGGGUAGCUUAGACAGAUUGAGUUCAAGAAGGGAUGGUUCAUUUUCAAUCAACAGAACUCCUGGCAUGUCAAAGAAAUCACCCAGGACGGCGUCUCCAAAUUCUGCUCCUAAAAAAUCAUUCGACUCUGCUUUCCGGCAAAUGGAUAGGAAAAGCCCUCAAAACAUGUUCAGGCCACUUUUAUCAAGUGUUCCAAGUACAACCCUUUAUGCUGGAAAUUCAAAUUCUGCACAUCGUUCCCUUGUAUAUAGGAACUCCUCGAUUGCAACAAGCAGCAAUGCAACAUCCGAUCGAGUUACAGCUUUUGCUCUAGAUGAAGGAAUUGAUCAUAAUCAAGACGAUACGGCAAGUGAAACUAAUAAGAUGUUAUAUCCUGAUUUAGAUGAAGAAAUGUUUGCCUUUGAUAAGAUGGAUGAAUUAAAUGCAAAUAUUAAGCAUGAGGUCAAUGAGCAAUCAGUCAAUAUCCUGCAAAAUCAAAGCAGAGGCCCCAAUACAGUUUUUGGUCCAACUGAAGCUGAGGGUUCUGUUUACCAUGUUCGUAUCGAUGCCGAAUGCAAUGAAAGUUCAGAAACUUCACAUGUCAGAGAUGUCAUUUCUGAAAUUGGUAGUUUUGAAAAUACAGCAAUCUGUUCUCAAUGUGGUUGUUGUUAUCAAGUCAUUAGUCAAACCGAGGAGAAUAUUGAAUUUUGUCCACAAUGCAGCAGGAAAGCCACAUUGUUGAGAGCCAUCCUUCCGGAAACAACGUUGGCUGUAUCUGAAGGUUCUUCGAUGAUUUCUGCGAACAUGCCCAAAGGAGAAAAAUCAUUAGCUGAAGCAAGCCAACUACAGGCUGCAUCUGAACUUCCUCAAGAGACUGAUACGGAUAACUUGAGGUUUCCCCUUGGCGAACAUGGUUAUGAGGAAAGUCAAACUUCAUGCAGUGAACUAAACCAGGUUCACUCACAAAACAGUUCAAUUCCAAGUUCAUUGAGGGAUGGAGUUGAGAAGAUACCUACAAACCAUCUAGAGAUGAACCAAUCAGAAGUUGAUUACAAGAAGCACAACGAUGAAUUUGAGGAUCAGCCGUUGGAUCACUACAGUGAUCACCCAAAUAUGAACACGGACCCCAUGGACGGCACUGGCAUUUCUGUAUUGCUGAAAAGGUCCAGCAGCAACAAAGGACCUAUAGUUCGUGCCAGGACUUUUACGGCCACAACCAUAUCUUAUGAUGAUCUGUCUCUUUCAAGAGACAGUGUAAACAGUGUUAGAAGUUCAACGAGACCUGGCAGUUAUUCUGCCUCAUCAUCGACUGAUUUCAGCUCUACUAGACAAACAGAGUUUCGUAUACACAGGCAGUUGAGUGGUAGGAAAUUGGAUGCAGACUGCGGUUAUGACUUAAGGAUUAAGCCUCCAAGCCCCAGUUCAUCUUUGUCUAGAACUUCAAGCCAUUCUCACCAGGAAGUAGGCCUUGCUACUCGAGAAGCUUCUGGUAACGCAGAAUGUAGCCUUGUGGAGGAGAUACCUCAAGUUCUGCAAGAAACUCAAGCUUCAGGAAAUGCAAUGACAGAUGUAGUUGAUGCUUCUUCUAUCGAUUCAACUUUUGUUGAAGAAGAUAAACUAGAAAAUGAUGACAGUAGUAGAGGAAACAAUGCUUGCUGCUCAGAAUUUUCAAGUCAGGAAGCUGUUUUUCAGCCUGAUGAAAAUUUAGUAACAUCAUUUCCAAAUCCUGGGGAUUGUAUUUCCUAUGAAAAUGUUGAAGACCAUCCAAAUAAUGCAAGGAGUGUCUCAAAUACAGAAACGUCAGUUAAGACUCCAGAGUUAUCAUGUCACGAGAAGCAUGAUGUGCAGAGUUCUAAUGCUAAUGAACUGAAUGAUUCAGUUAUUGCCAACUGUUCUACAAUCUCAGAAUCAGAAAUAGAAGGGGAAAACAAUCGUGGGAAUGAUAUCAACCUGGUGAAUGAUGAUAUGUCCCUGGUAUCAAAGAGUGCCCUCGAUGAUUUUCAGGAACCUUCUGCUCGAAAUCCUUCCAAUGAUUGCUACACUGCUUCUGUUUCAGAGGUCAAUGUAUCUGAGUCUCAUGGCACUGAGGAAUCAACAGUUACAGUGGAGUGUCAAGGUGCAGGCAACACUAGAAGCCUGACACUUGAAGAGGCAACAGAUACAAUACUUUUUUGCAGUUCUAUCAUCCAUGAUCUAGCAUAUAAAGCUGCAACAAUAGCAAUGGAAAAUGAAUCUUCCGAUCCAUUCGAAGGUUCUGAACCAACAGUAACUUUAUUGGGGAAACCUGUUUCUGACAGAAAGGAUGUUCGCAGACGUCCUGUGGGCAAGCGCACUAUAAAAACUCCGAAGACCAGACAGAAGAGCGUGGAAAUGGACGUCAAAACCGUUUCUGGCAAGACUGAGAAUGAUGAAAAUAUUGACGAGUCUUUCACAAAUAAUGUUGGGCUUCCUAACAAGGUAGAUAAUAGUAUGAAGCCCCCAAAGCUUGAAUCAAAGUGCAAUUGCAUCAUAAUGUGAGUGCAAUGCUUUCAGUUCCUGCAUAACUACAAGAGCUUAACCAAGUUCUUGCCCGUUAAUAUGGUUUUAAUUUUGAAGGCUGAUUUGAUUGGGAUAAUAACCAUUGCCAAUUGGUUUAAUGUUGAUUCCAUUCCAAUAUAUUUUGUAACAAAUGCCACGUUGUGUUUGACAUAAAUGUAAAGUUAUUUUUUUAUAUUUUUUGUAUUUUGUUAGUAGGCUAUUAUUAGUUAGAGGCAUUUUGGAGGAUUGUGCUAUGUCUGUGAUUGUGCUCCUCCAUUUGCUCCAUUCUUGUUUGUUAUUUCCAUAAUAUCAGCUAAGUGAUCCAUUAAAGUGUGAAGUAGAAAAGCAUUCGUAUUCAUUGACAUUGUGACUACUAAUAAUUUGAUGUU